GUCCUGUUCGCAAUUUUUCGCUGUGCAAAUACGUUCGUUGCUUGUAUUGGUUUCGAAUAGUUCGACCAGAUUCCAAAAAGAAAGAGAGUCCUCGUUUUACCUGCUGGACCACAAUGUGUUACCAUGUCACGUACUAGACCCGACUUCGGAUUCGGAACAAGAUUUGGCUAUAGCUUUAUCAUCGGCACUAGUUAGUACUUCUAUGGCAACAUCAAGAUCAACUACCGCGCUGGCAAGAAGAGUUUAUUUGCUUCUGCAAUUGCUCCUGCCAUUUGAUGCACCGAGCCCGACCGGCGCCGUGGAGGUUUUGGUGACGAGAAUUAUAGCGCAGAAACGCACACUGAGCGAUGAAGACGCAGCUGCUGGAACUAGCGACGGUGUAGUAACUAUCAACUGUAAAGAUGUCUGGGUCUGGAAGAAUUGAUGUUUGUCAUGCCUGUCUGGCAUGAUUCUUAAAUCUGUCAUGCACGGCACCCAGGAGCUCUGUUUUUCUGUGAUGCAGAAACGCAGUUUGUCAUGCAGAAUAGGCAACACCUAGAAGCUCAGAAACUUGUCAUGCUGAGCCAGCAUUUGUGGCCUCAUCAUGAGACGCCGCCCAGCAUCACAAGUUUCCAGACCCAGACAUUUUUACAUUUGAUAGUAACUGCGGGAGCGCAUCCCGGAUCCUCCUCGUCCACGAGUGCUGCUGUUGACGCAUAUCCUGGGUAGAAACGUCCCCACCCCGGAGUCAAGAUGGGAACUUUGCAACACAAACCUAGAGAGAAGUUUUGGGGGUCACGCAUGACAAAUUUCAGCUCAUACUGUAGUGCAGAUUAGCGUGCUGGACAGCCGCAUUACAAAUCCGUCUGCUUAUCCUGGCUGCAGCAUUACAAAUUUUGAUAACGUGACUGGAAAUGCCUAUCAUGCGUAUGCGCAACACAAAUGUUCCUGUCAUUGGAAAUCAGCAUGACAACUCUGGUGGGGUGGGGACGUUUUUCCGUGCGAGAACGCAUCCAAAUCAUUAGGUACGUCAGCCUCGAUCAGCCUUGUCGACAACACCACCGUUCGGGUGGACCCCUGCGCUGAGCAAAGCAAUUUGUGCGAGGAGUACGAAAUUCUGCACGACCUCGAAAAUUGCCGCCGGUUCGAGUAUGACAGUGCACAACUCCCCCUCCCCCUCAUUUGUAUACACAUGAACGGCAAUACAAGCAUCAGCAAGACUGCCGGUUUUGCAUGGCAAAUUCGCACUUGAGUGGACUACCAGAACUAACUUGUCAUGCAAACAGUGCCAAGAGGCAAAGAGUGGAUUGGGUACUAGUUUGCAUGACAAAUAAUGAGGGGGAGGGGGAGUUGUGCACUUUCAUAUCGAGAAUAAAAAAGUGGAGAAACUGGAUUUAGAAUUCGAUUACGAAAACGACAAUCUAUUUGCCAUCGGCGUAGCCAGUGGGGUCUUGAAACCCGGGACGACGACGAGUACAACUCUUAAUAUUACUGAUGGAACAAAUACUAAAAAUCCGCUGAAACAAGCCACGCCACACAGAAGUCCCUUCACGGCCUUAAGCAGGGACUCCAGUAUCGACGACCCGGUGGACUUUUACGUGUGGGCGUCGAAACUGAACGGUGGUAGAAGCGACGAAACACUUAUCGGGAAAGACUUGCCGGCAGAGACCGCGGUUUGGCUCACGGCAGAUGAUAAAGCUGCAACAACUGCUGAUCAUGUUGACAACAGCACAGCAGCAGCAGCAGCAGCAGAAGGUUCUUCGUCCUCCUAUACCGUUCCGGAACCCCGGAUGAUUUUGGGAGAGGAACAGAAAGAUUUUUUUUCGGGCGACCCGGAGAAAGAUAUCCUGAGAGUUUCUUUAACGAGGCUGAAAAAAGAGGAGAAGGAGGAGGAGGGCUCUGGUGAAGGGGGAACAUCAGCGGGAGCUUCUGAUGCACCUACUUCCACAAUCGCCCCUCUGCAGAUUGUUCUGGAGUCUUGGACGUGCGAGAAAAAACUCCCCGACGAAAACAUUUUUACCGGAUUGGACGACGCGUGCGGGGAGACUCCGGGCAGCGCGAUGUUUCAGCUUUUGACCCUGGCGAAAAGGAGUUGCUGCAGUGACGAGACUGCGCGAAUGGGGGACGCGAAGCUGGAGUGCACGAUGGACAAAGACGAGUGGAAAGAAGAAUGCGGGUUGGACAUUUGCGACUGGGGACCAUCGCUGGAGGAAUCUUCGUGCUGUUGAUGAAAGGUGAAAGAAUCUAAUAAAGUACUGUUCCGUUUAGGUUUACUUUUCCGGAUGAUCCGGAAGCUUUAUAGAAGUUCUUGUAGUGCUAGUGCCACUGUAAAGAACUUGUAGAAGUGCUUCCCAUUUUAUAUAUUCUGUGCCUGCCGAGUCGACUUAUUACACCACGGAGACUCCUCCAGCAGGCUUCGUCUUCGUACAAUAUCUAUAUCUCCGAGCAGGCUUCGUCCAGUCUGCCCCAGCAGACUUCGUCUUGUUUUCGUGUGUAGACUUUGACUGAGCAUGGAAACU